AUGAGGGGAGAACAUCGAGAAUCCGCCCCGACAAUCCCUCAAUCCGGGGCUGAAGCUCAAGGUGGCUCUUCCCUGCGAGUGGUUAGGAAGAAGGGCAGCUUGAGAUCGAUGUUUGGUUCAUUCUUGAAGUCAGCAAAGGGUAGGAGAGCCAAUAAGACUGCGUCCCAGUAUCCAAGUCGGGGGGGUGAGGCUGGUGCCAAGAAUAGAGGGAAUGAGGCACCCACACUCUCUGCCAUUUCUCUCCCAACUCAGGCUCGAUCAUCGACAUCGUCUACCUCCUCGCCAUACGAAGAUGAUGGGGAAUUUAGCAACAUCGUUCCAUAUAAGGAACAUGGAGCAUCGUGUAAAACAUGCUCCGCAACUUCAUUGCCAGCUCAAAUCCGCCCUCCGUUUGCAUUCCAUGCGCCUUCCUCCUCCUCUUCGUCUACCUCAUCGAUUGAGUUUGCUUCAGAUGCAUCUACAGCAGCAACUUCCCCCUCGGUGUCGUCUCCCUCUGUCUUGAUUAAAUCGCCAUCUUCACAGUCGAUUUCAGCCCUAAAUCACUCGACAACUUCUCUAUCCAGCACUCCCUCGAGGGAGACUAGUCCUACCAGGGCUCAAUCUUCGGCGAAAUCAUCUAUGAUGUCUAAGCGAGCACUGGAAAACCACAGCAAACAACCCUCACCAUUGUCAACUGUUACAGAUGCUCAUUCGCCUUACAUACUUCCAACAACCCCAGAAUCUCCUGUGCUGCACGAAAGGCCCAAUAGUUUCCAGCCCAAGCGCAGGGGCUCGUUGAGCAACUUCAUUUUACGUCGAACACAGUCACACCCCGACCUGACAGACUUCACAACAGAUGAUCUCCCACCAUUUCUCCAGAUGCCUAUCUCGGCGCCUACUCCACGGCCCGGAUUAUCGAUCUCAUCUCUGUCCACUCGUACGCUCAGUCUGCGGCGGAGGUCUGGUAAGGCUGACAUUGAGGCUCCAACUUCUUACUCUACACAAGAAAAAAUCGAGCAUCGUUCAAUCUUGGGGGCCGAUCCAGCGGGGGCAGGGUUCUAUCUUUAUCCCACAGCACAGUCGGAAAUUUCCGGCAGGCGAAGCAGCUCUGGUAGCAGUCCCGGUGGUUCACGAUCCGGUUCGUGGGGAAGAGCUCCAAUGGGUGGAAACAUGGGCGAUGAUUCAAGAAGAAGUAGUUGGACCGGACCUGAUGGGCACAACGCCCGCGGCAUGCCACCGGCGGGCCGAGGGUGGAGGGAUCCCAGAGGGGGCCGAAGCUUCGGGAGGAGUGUCACGCAGCAGGUUAUUCUAGAGGAAGUUGGUGAUGUAGCCGAUUCUCCACAAACUACAUAUUCGUCUUCAUCAGUACCAAGCUUCGAUAGUCAGCAAGCCGCUCUAAGAUCAGGAGGUCUUUCCAAUCAGAAUCGAUCACCAGACAUGACUAAGAAUGUGUCUGUUCCCGAGAAGAGUGAACGCAAGCGAAGCCCUCACAAUAACUGGGACUCGAUACAAAGUCAGAUGCAAAUUCUCAAGGGUGACUUCCCCCAGCUCCAGGUUCCCCCGGAGACAAGGAAAGGAGCAGAGGAUUGUGGUAUGGGUGAGAAGAUGGCUCUAAGAAGUUUGCAACAGAGAGCAAUGAGGUUCAUGGAUGCUUCUAGCGCUGAUGGAAACGGCUCCCGUGGAACUCCUGUUACAAUCGAAUUUGAGCAUCCAAAUAGGUUGUCUGCGGUUGGAAACAGUAGAGGUCUCAUUGACAGCUUACCAAUUGUCCGGAUUGAGAGCGUUGAGGGUUAGGAAAGUGUGUGGUUCGAAAUUGUAGCUUUUGGUAAGAGGAGGGGCGUGACUUUACGAAUCAAUUUGUGUCUGGCAAUCGGGGGGGGGGGGGAUUGAGUUGGUUCAUUAAUUUGGGAUCACCGGGAG